AUGAGCGAUGAUGAAUGCCCGGAGCUUGUGAGUGCAAAGGUUCCCGUAACGAUUUUGACAGGGUUUCUUGGCAGCGGAAAGACGACGCUACUACAUUAUGUGUUGUCCGCCGAGCACAACCUUCGCAUUGCUGUUAUCGUUAAUGAGUUUGAAUUCGGCAAAACAAUUGAGAAGGGAUUGACGUUAAAGAGCUCGCAGAAACCGGACGACGAAUGGUUGGAGCUAGACAACGGUUGCAUGUGCUGCACUGCGCAGACUCAAACUGUUCAAGCGCUGGAAAAGCUGAUGCAACGGAAGGGGACAUUCGAUUUGGUUCUUGUGGAGACGUCCGGCUUGGCGGAUCCCGCUCCUGUUGCUUCAAUGUUCUGGCAGGACGAGGCCCUGUGUGGUUCCUUGUACCUCUCUGGCAUCGUAACCCUCGUCGAUGCGAAGAACAUCUGCAAAUAUCUGAGGGACCCUGACGUGGCUGGAGAGGCCACAAGGCAGAUCCUGAUGGCGGACCGCAUUGUGCUAAACAAAUGCGAUUUAGCAACUGAGGAGGAGAAGAACGAGGCAGUGGUGUCGGUGAGGCAAAUAAAUCCUAUCGUGCAGGUGCUACCAGCAACUUUUUCUGUGUUGAACAACCUUCGGGAGGUUAUUAUGCUCAACACCACGCGCCAGGCUAUGGAGUUAGAUCAUCUUCACUCGAGUGGGCCCUCAAGUAUCACUGCAAUGUCGUUGGAGUUCUUCGAACAGCCCAAUUUUCUCGCCGUGAGCGAUCGCAGUGAUGUUGACAUGAUUUGCAGGGAUAUGCUUUACAUGGAGCACGAUCCGCCCUUUGAAGUUGUUCGAUGCAAGGCAGCGCUCUGGAUGAGGAAAGGUGACCAUUACUCCUUGUUGCAGCUUCAGACGAUUGGUGACCUCUUUGACGUAACUCCUAUGGAAGGUCAGAGUGUUCCCUUAGGUUGCUCACGAGUGCUUGUUCUUGGGAAGCAGCUGAACGAAAAUGUGCUGAGGGGUAUUUUCUUGAAAUACCUCCGGGGUUGUGCGUAG